AUGUUCAGGUUUUUGUUGAUCUUGACUCUUUUCCUCGUCAUCAUCCAACAAGCUUUACUUGUUUCAGCUGAUUCUUCUUCCAUUUCGUCUAUCAGUUUCGUCCCAACAAGAGAAGAAACUCUCAAAGAAUACACCUUUCCAACACAACAACAACCAACAUCAUCAUCCAACACACCACCAUUCUUCACUCUUUCACCAACUUCCCAACAACAAUGCUCCUGUUCUCAAUGUUAUUGCAAUAAUGGUGGAUCAUGUCCAAAAUCAAUUCCAGCUCUUGGCUUUACAAUUCUUGCAGCAGAGGAAAAUUGUGGCAACAGAAAUCAAGUUCCAAGUAUUGGUCUCAUCAAUAUUCAAUCUACAUCCGAUAGUAAUGGAUUUAAAUACUAUCUUGUCGAUGAGAAUAAUAAGAAUAAGGCAAUGAAUCUUCAAUCAUUUCAGUAUUCAUCUUAUAAGAGUGAAGAUAGAGCAAUGACAUGUGUUACUGAUAAUUUGGCACCUGUUAGAUAUCCUUCAACAUUGCCAGGAAAAGCAUAUUUACUUGUAUCGAGUACAAAUUUAGUAUUGAAUACUGAAGUGAGAUAUAAUAUUCAAAUGUCAUGUGCAGUGCCAGAAGCCAAAACUGUUAAAGUUACUGCUGUGAGUCGUGAUGGUUCAAAGUAUUAUGUUGGUAAAAAGAUGUCAUUUAGAUUUGAAUUCAAAAAUGUUUAUGACAAUAUUGACACUUGGCAGAAAGGAACUUUGAGUUUUGGUGGAUUUACUGGACAAGUCAAUCAAGGAGUGGGUAAUCUAGAUUUUACACCAUCUAGUGAGGGUUCUAUUUCUCUAUCAGUUCUUUAUACUCCAGAUACUUCUGUUUAUGGAAGUGCAAAUACCUAUAAUACUCCUACCAUUCAAGUUUCUCAAGCUCCUGUUCCAGAUGCAGUUUGGUCUUUAUGGGAUUGGAUUAUUAGUAAUCAGAGGAAUGCAAUUUUUGCAAUUAUCAUUUUGUGUGGUAUUGUAAUUGGUGUCGUAUUGACAUGUUGCAUUUGUACAUGUAUUAUUUGUAGAAGAAGAAGAAAUAGAGCUAAUAGUGAGGAGAGAGGAAUUAAAUUGCAAGAUGAGGAGGCAUAA